UGCAGUGAAGUAAGAAAAAAAAACGAUAGAAAUAUAAGUAUUCGAAAACACUGCUUACCUGACCAUCUGGAUCUAGAUCUGUAUUUCCGCUACAUAACAGUGAACAACGCUUUCUCCCACGUAUAGACCGUCGAUCAGCGCCUAGCGCCAAGGAGCAUCAAAGACAGCGGCCACAGACUGGCUACUAGACGAAUGCGACUAUCCUUGGAAAAUCAUCAAUCCGAUGUUGUAGCAGUGUUAACAAAGCACAAGAUCUGUAGCGACAAUCACUUAAGAGCCCAGAAGCAACAGCUGAACUAGCGUCACUUCCGUUCUGAAGCAGACUGGUGUGCGCAUUGAUCUAAAUCCUAGAUCCGUUCUUUUAACCGCCAGCUGUGCACAUUUGGGGUUGCAAAAAGUUUCGUUGUAGUUGGCUCCCCUGUCCCUGGGUCUCUAUUGAAGGAUCCUAGUGCGACCGGGUGUUGGUCGUCGUGAUGGUCUGUGCCAUUUGCUGAUUUGUUCUUUCUUCAACUUGAAUCUGGCACUAGUGCCCGUGUGCCUUAGGACUACUAGUAAUUCACCUGCUCGUUGCAUUUAGGACUUCACGCCUCGUCGCGUGAAGUCACGUUAAGUGUUCGAGUGUGAGCGUAAGUCACAAGCGAAUGACAGAGCACGUAUAGAAAGAGACUCAGUGUAGUGGCAAUACUUUGUUUGGUCAUAGCGGAAUAGUGAGGCUGAUCAAACCCUUCUACGUAGCAAGCACAAACAGCAAAAAUGUCGUCCGAGGUGCUAGGCCCGAUUCAAAGUCCCUUCUUUUCCAGCAAGGAUCAACGGACGGAAGGAUGGCUAAUGCUUGACGAUCCGAAAUUACUUAUUACCAUACUCGCUUGCUACGUUUAUCUGGUAAAACGUGCCAUCCCGUCCGUGAUGGCGAACCGGAAACCGUUCGAGUUGGUGUGGUCUACAAGGCUCUAUUCGUUAAUUAUGGUGGCCUCAAAUGUAUAUUUCUUGUGCAGGACGCUACCUUUAACGUACUUCGGUGGAGGCUACAGCUUCCUGUGCCAAGGAGUGGAUUAUGAUGACCGGUCGUCUCGCACAAUGGAAGUUAUUGGGCUAAUGCACUCUUAUCUAUUUGUUCGUAUUUUCGACUUCGUUGGCACAAUUAUAUACGCGCUACAAAAGAAAUUCUAUCGAAUUUCGUUGUUCCACGUUUACCAUCAUUGCGCUUCGGUGACUAUUGGGGUGUACGGGUUGACUUACGGUGUUGAGGGUCAGGCCGUAUUUGGGGUGUGCGUUAAUAUGUGUGUGCAUAUCAUAUUGUAUACGUAUAUAUUUUUAGCAACAUUUGGACCCCGUCUAACCCCCUAUCUGACCUGGAAGCGCUAUCUAGAUAAGAUUGAACUGGCACAAUUCCUUAUUAUUACAUUGCACAUCUUGAUGCCGGUAUUCGUUCGUACCUGCAGCUAUCCCGUACAACAUUCGCUUUCAGGAAUCUCAAUGAUCGCUCUGAUGACCGUUCUUUUCAUGUACAACCGAAGACUAGCUUGAGGGGAUUACAGGGCGAUGUUCGAAAUACUACCGCCUCAAUGUUUAAUGUUGUAUGGGCUAUUUUUAGUUAAAAAAAAAAAUUAUCUAGCCACAAGUAUAAUUACCGUAAUAGCACGAUGUACAAGACUCUGUACACUCACGCCGAAGUUUGAAAGACAUCCGAACUCACGUGCAAGCACCGUGUGUGUGCGAAUCUUAGGGUAAUAUACGAAGCUUGAUAUUGUCGUGUUUAUUUCGUGCUUUGCUCUGGCCGUCUACUAUAUUAUUAGUUUUGGGGUUUUGAAGAUAAAAUUCAAAACGUAUAAUAAAGCAGUAAAAACUGGACGAUAAGUGUAUGGUCGAGUGGUGGAGAAAGAUCGAGUACGUUCAAAUUCGCUGUGCAGCUCUAAACAGUCAUUCUUUGUUUAGUAUACUACACAAUUUAGACAACGAAAGUUAUAUUAUCAGGCUGAUAUUUGACACAGAGAUUCUAAAAGUUUUUUUUUUUUAGAUAAAAAAAAAUCAAGUAUCGGGUUAACUUAAAAAAUAGAAUUUAACUUACAUGCAAUUUAGCUCAAAAACAUCAAACUAUAUGACUGUAGAAAACGCUUUGUAUACAGUAAGUAAUCAGACGCAAUUAACCUGAACAUUCAGACUGUCUACACAAUGCGGUAUGGCCAGCCGUAAUCUGCACGGAUUGUGUGAAUGCUAUGUCUUUACUUUCCUCGGCUAUCGAAUACAGUUUCAUAGCUAAAACCAGGCAGCCAGCACGACUAUAAUAGGUGAUAAGGGAAACCAUCAGAAUACAAAUUAGCUAUGAGUCUGAGAGAAAAAAAAAAAACUGUUAAUGUUUUAUAGCGUAAACGUACGUUUUUUCACAAUGUUAUGAUGGAAGUGUUAAUAUGCGAUUACUUGUAGAACGUGCCCUGACUUGUUCGUUCGAUGACCCCCCCAAGAGUACGAUGUAUAUCGCCUAGGUAGUAGAUUUCCACUGACCUAUUCUCAAUGUCAUGUCUAUAUAGGUAUAAGGAUUAGCGACAAAUAAACUGUUAGCCGAUGCACGGAUAUGUGUAAGCAAGGCA